GAUUCUCGCCGCAGGAAUUAAUUUUCCUUUUCCUGCAGAAUUAUAAUUUGGUUUAACAAUAUCGAGGAGACCAUCGACUCUUCGAGAAGAAACGGAAAUCAGACAUCGAUUCAUCGUUCGUGCGUUACUUUCACUAAUUUGCUCGAAAGGGCGCCUACAAUCACUGAGAGAGAGAAGUGUGUGUGUGUGUGUGUGUAUGUACAUUACACGCUCGUUCCAAGCAGGCGGACGUCUCGCGACGGUUCUGCGUUCAAUGCGAGUUAUUCAUACGCGCGACACGGCGAUGAUUCGUGCGAUGCGCGCCCACGUUGGGAACGAUAAAGCGCUGCGGCUGGCGUUGAUGAGCCUCUGCUGAAUCCUACCCCGGGUCGGAAACGCUGCAUUAUAAUCGCACGAGAGCGCAUUCGAGGAGAUAAGUUUUCGUAUUAUCAGACAGUGACAAGUUUGCAAACAAUGGUUGACACGCACCGUGACCACGCAAUGAUAGUGCAAGGAGCAAUCACAGAGAAGCAAUGCAUAUGAAUAUAUUUAUGUUGCUGGCUGUAAAAGUCUAUUUGGUUAUUGAGGGUUUUGGAGAGCAAUAAGUGAACAUUGUAUCUUCUAUACUUCAGGCGAUAUCAGUGAAUUUCCAAGAGAUUCUCCAGAUUUCCAAGAGAUUGCUUAAGAUUCGCUAUUUGUGUACCAGGGACUUAUAAAGUGCCAAUAUCAAAUCCAAAUAUAAAUAUUUAUACUUACAUUCAGUAGAGUUUGUACGAUCUCUACUUUUACAUUUGGAGCUAUAUUUGAUCAGAAAACAAUGUUUUAGCAUUAGAGCAUGUUGGACUGAAACUUCAUGCCUAAUCGUGUUGACAGGAGAAGAGAAAGAGAGGAACAAAGAGACACACAUCUGAAUUUUAUAAUUAGAGCAAAAUUGAAAGUUAGAUGUAUAUUUUGAAUAGAUUUAUAAUGUUGGCGUCGAUCACUUUAUACGUGUGUCUUUACUUAUUCGGGUCUACAAGCGGCUCUAUUUUGACAGCACCACCUAUAUCGGCCCUAAUAGUCGCAUUUGAGAAUGUAUAUGACGCAUCUUUGCUCGCCAAUACUCUGUCGGAUCAGGGGAUCGACACGACGUUGAUAAUAUCAGCUCACGCAGCUAACAAGCUUUAUAAUAAUCUGAUCGACGUUGAAAUAUUGCAACUGAACGUUAAUACAGAUAAAGCAGCACAUAAAAAAGAAGCAUAUGCGGUAAAUGCAUGCGACAGUCUACUAAGGGACCAAGAAGUACUCAAGAGAAUGAAAGAAUUGCAGCCCACGUUCACUAUAUUCCCAGCAUUAAGACACGAUGGCUGCUUACUUCCGUGGGUGCGACAUAUCGAAUCUAUCCCGGUGAUCUGGAUAGGAAGUCCAGAGGAGGAGGUGUACGCGUUUCAGAGCACCGGAGUCGCCCUGCCGAUGCACAGCGGUGGGAUAUGGACCAGGCUCCGAGCGAGACGCGUAGAGGAUUCCUUAUCCUCCGCCGCCAGGAACAAUUAUCUGCCUCCCGUCUUGGACUUGGUAGCCAAAUAUCUGCCGGAUAUCGAUACCAACAUGAAGCAUCUCUACUCCGACGUUCGCCUGGUGCUCUGGGGAGCCGACCCGGUGUUGCGUUCGAACUUCGCAUCGUUGACGCAGUUACUCGUAGAGGUCGGCUGCCACCACUGCAGGGGCGCGCAUCCUUUGCUGAAGGAUUUGCAGAAGUCACUGGUAGAGCACAGACUGGGUACCAUUGUUGUCCUCUUAGACGGAAAUUACGAGACGUUGGUGACAGAAUUGGCGAGGAAACUGCCUCAGGGUAGGGAAGGACAGUCGGUCGUCUGGAGGAUCAACAAGGAUAACAAGAACACCGAAUCGCCGGAGAAUCUUUUUAUCCACAGCGACGUCGACCGGCAAGAUCUCAUAGGUUACAGCCGGACCCGCGUGGUGUUGAGUCACUGCGCCGACACGGAGUUCCUGGAAGCCGCGUUUCACGGCUCUCCGCUGAUAUGCCUGCCCCGGGACGCGCACGAGGUGCGCAACAGCGAGCGCGCGGUCGAGCUGGGCUUCGCGCACACCGUUGAGGCCCGCAUCAACGGCCAGGAACUCGCGAAGACCGUGCUGAGGAUUCACGAAACGGCGGCUUACCGGGAGAACGCGCGUAAGGUCUCGCUGGCGCUGCGUGACAGAUUGAACCCGGCCUCGGACCGGCUCGUCUACUGGCUCGGCUACGUCGCCAGAACCAAGAACGGUGGCAGCGAGAGGUUCCUCAGGCCGAGCAGCGACGCCAGGACCUUCGUUGAAGACAGCGACUUCUUCGCCGGGAUCUGGUUGGGCCUGCUUUUCGGGAUCGUCGCGUGCGUCGUCUUCAUGGUGCUGCAACGCGUCAUCGACGCCUACCAGGAGGAGAGGUCGAAAGGACGACACAUGCUGUGAGGAAACGGUAUUACGGCAGGACUACCUUUCAGUCAUCAUUGAGCUAUGCAGGGUGUUGAAAAAUUCGCGAACUCGGAAGGUAAAUGGAGGACUUCGAAAUAAACGAUUGCGUUAAGCCAUUUCGUACCUCCUCUGUUUCUGUGUAGGGACGAAUUCCACCUAUCUUCAACAUUUUCUUAUCUAUAGAUAUUAUUAUUAUAAUAAAGGUAGAUUCUGGUUUAGAUCUUGCUAUUGAAAAAAUAUUGAUUCUGAAGUCCCCCAUUUCCUUUCAGAUUGUCGAUCGAAUUUUUUAGCAACCUGUGUACAUAUUGGAAAGAGCACACCUUUGGGCCACCAAUUCCCUGGUAAAGCUAAUUCGGUCGAUUAAAUUUCAAAGUUGCCGACAACAAGAUUUUGAGAACUCGUAAGUCGUCGUGAUGAUUGGUUAGUAAUGACCAGUUGUUAAUUUUGCAGCUGCAACUUUUAAAUUUAAUCGACCUAAUAGAUUAAGUUCACCGGAGUUACUGAGAUCGGCCCUUAGUCUUCGAACGAUCAGAGCUGUGAGAGAGAUAGGUGAAUGGGUAUCGUCAACUAUCUUUGUCUGAUCGAUCGCCAGCGUGUUGAAGUAUGCACCUUCUAGUAUGUAUAGAGUUCAAUACCAGUCACUUAGGUCACUUUUUGUCACUUUUCCUUAACUAGUCAUUAAAAAAUUCACUAUCGUUCAAAAUGGAUCACUAUAGUCACUUUUUUUUAGCUCUAUCGUUAAAUCUGUAAAAUAUAGUCGUUCUAUAUAUAUAUUUUUUUUUGCUGUCUUAAUAAAACUGCUCCGAAAACGCACUUGUAUCGUUCUUGAUCUUUCCUUGUUAUGAACUUUCAAACCGUACUGUGAAAAAAACUCAUCAUAUGUUAUUAAAAGAUAAAUCUGGGAAAGUAAGAGUAAGUCCUUGUCUAUAACUUUGCUUUAAGACAUAAGCCGUAAGCAAUUCGAUCAACCACGGGUGAUUAUUCUUCUGAUAAACUGUGAUUGGUCAAUUUGCUUGCGUCUUAAAGCAAGAUUGUAAACAAAGGGCAAGUGUUACUUUUUUGCUUAAAUGGCCUCAGUUAUUUUCAAAAUUGGACAAAAACGUCACUUUUGCUCACUAUUCCGAGGGGUCACUUUUUGUCACCUUUUCUGUCAAGAAGCAAUCGCUAUUUCACCUUUUUUUCGGUCCGGUAACUAGAUAUUAACGCUGCUAUAGCUAGAUCGAGCGGAGAAGGGAGGGGGGAGGGCGACUCGGUACGCACGAAUAUACUUGCACUUGUGUACGGACAUUUCUGCAUAUGUAUUUAUAUAUAUCUAUAUAUAAAUGCACGUAGAAUACAGGUACAUACGAAUAUACAAGUGUUACGAGCUAGGCUUUUCGUCGUCAUAGCUAGCGAAGAGAUUAUUAUUAUUACUAUUAUUAUUGUUAUUAAUUAUAAUUAUUAUCGUUACGAGAAUGACUUACUGUUAUGUUACCAUUACUCGAGAACAAAUUAUUACUAUUAUUAUUAUUAACGAGCUGAGCAUAAUUCGACUGGAAAGAACUACGGGAGUAUAACGUGAUGUAUUAUCGUGAAGAAAAUAAAUUACAGUUUGUCAAUACUGAGUUCUCUGCAUAUCGUCGUCGUGGCGCGAGCGUGCGUGCUUGCAUACGUAGGUGCGUGCGUACGUGCAUGCAUAAGUGCGUGCGUGCGUGCUUACGUCGGUUGCUUACGUUAUUAUUACGUUUAUCGCUAGGAUCCUUAACAAUGUACGGACGAAUCGCGAUAUCUGUUACACGUUGUUGUUAUUAUUAUUAUUACCUUAAGGCCGUAUUCUAAACGAGUAAGCCGUUAUCAUUACGGAUUACGCAACCUCGCGAAGUGUCGAUGAUUCUGUACUCGUGAUAUAAUGAGAUCGUCUCGAAUUGUCGUCGAGUUGCUCAUCGAAUAAACGUGAUCCGCCGUAAUUCUAGUCCGGAGAUGCUUUGGAGAAAUAUAAAUUUGAUACGCACGUGUA